AUGGCCGACAAGUCACAAUGCCCCGCGUCCUCCGGUCGAAACACGACCGUCGGCAAUCCUCCAGCCUAUGCCUCCCGUCCGCCAUCUCCGGCGCCAACGUACCACACAAUCGACCCCGCGAGCCACGAUAUGCCGCGGGAGGUCACUGUCAAUGCCAGGGAUGAGAAAUCCCGGCUCAAAGAUCCAGGCCAAGCUGAGUUCACGUUGGUGCAUAGAGCCGCCGCUCUCGGGGACCUGAAGACUGUAAGGCAUCUUCUCGAUGGAGGAAGCGAUGAACUCGAAGUUCCCACUCAGAGCGGAUCAACGCCCUUGAUUGGAGCAUGUGAGAGCGGGAGCAUCGAUGUGGUGAAAUUGCUCCUGGAGCACGGCGCAGAUAUCACCAGACGAAACAAGCUCGGGAACACACCACUUGGCACGGCUGCUAGUAGAGGUGACGUUGAGAUUGUGCGGCUUCUCCUGGAUGUGGGAGCCGAGCGCAACCCUCAGUUGAACAUCGGUUGGACGCCACUUCUCCAGGCGGCGCGUGGAGGACAUCAUCAGGUGGUCGAGGUACUCCUGCAACGUGGAGCUGAUCCGUCAGCUAUCACAUUCACCGGGCAAACAGCGUUGCAUAUCGCCGUCCUCAACGGCAAGCUGGAAGUGGUUAAGACUCUCCUCCAGAACGGAGCAACGGUGGCUCCCUUGGACAACAAGAGGCGGACACCGCUGAACUUGGCUGCACAGCACGGCCAUAAAGACAUUGUGAAGCUUCUCAAGUCUUGGAGCUAG